GGAGGUGUGAUUGCCAAAGGUGAAGUUGGGCAGCAGCUGCUCAUUUAUUCUCAUAACUCAUUUUCUCUUAUGUUACUACUCCACAUUAGCACUAAGUAAGACAGAUUUUCCGGAGUCUAACUCACUUCGUUUUCCCGCCAGAUAUCUCAACGGCCCAAACCCUAACCUCUAGAAUAUUCACUCUGAAAACCCCUACUACCUCCAUUCCGUACAUUCAAUGUGUAACUGCUGAUUCCGCAGUGACAAUGGCGAAAGUCAGUUCCAGAGACGUUCGGGAGAUUGUAGAGAAACUCUCAUCAGAUAAAGUCAAAGCUCGCGAAGAAGGGAUCAAGUUGUUAAAUAGUUGGUUAGAAGGAGAAAAAUCAUAUAGCUUCUGCAAUUUUAUUGGACUGAGUACAUCGAAGCUUAGGCCAGAUGAAAUACCUCACGCUGAAACAUGGCCUUUUCUUGUUUCUUUGCUUAUUCAAUCUGCAUCAUCGGAAAUAUCCUCAAGUAAGCGGAGAAAUCCGAAAAUGAUAUAUGCAAAGACUCUUAGACUUAUUGUGCAACGAGCAGAAGAUGCUAAGUAUUCAGGUCAAAUUCGGCCCUUGUCAUCUUUGGUUAAACCCCUUUUUAAUCAUGUUUGGGAUGUCCUGAGCAAUGUUCCAAGCUUUCAGUCAGAGUAUGGGAUUAUCCUUCGGCAUCUAUUGGCAGUAAAGGAUUACAGUUUUCAGAUGAGGAAGCGCAUUUACUGCAGCCUGGUGAUGCUGUACAUUGAGAAAGUUGAAGCAAGCUUGAAUGGGAAAAAUAUUAGUAACUGUACUUCCAAAGAAGAGGUCUUCCGCAAUAUUUUAACUCUUCAUUCACUUUUGGAUUACCCUCCUGGAGACUACCCUGUUAAUCUAAGAGAAGACAUUGUUAAGGGGUUUGUCAGGAUCUGCUCAUUCAUCAGGGAAGAAGGAAAGAUAUCACGCAAACUUGUUGAGUGUAUCAAUACGUAUUUGUUAAAUGAUGGUCCAAAUCUGGGCUCUGAGUUGUUAGAGAUUCAUAAUGCUAUGCAGCAGUUUCUGUUUCACUGUUGGCUUACAACACAUGAUCGCGUGCUUAAGGAUUCACUGAUGUUCUAUGCAAGGACACAGUUAAAUUUAAUGAGAGGGGCUGCUGAUAGGUAUUUAUUGGUAGAACAGCUUUUGGAUGUGAUUUAUAAGGAUCUUGAUCAGGGUAGCUUGUCUAGUAUUUCAAUACCGCAGGGUGAUGGAAAUAAGGAUGAUAAACUUGGAACUUUGAGUAGCUCGCAAUGUGGCUUAGUGGAACUUGCAGCAGUUCUAUUUUAUAGGGCGUGCAUUAAUACAACCCGAGCCUCAUUAAGUGAAAAACGGAUUAAGAGAGAACCUGCUGCUGUGGUCUUGAGGGAGGCACUCUUGAAAGGAAAAUGGCUAUGGAAUGCUGCAUUUUGUUAUCUAACCCGAAACUUCCAUACUCGCAUAUCCAAAGAUCUGUUCCUCUACUGGUUUGAAGGCAUAUGGAUGAGCUUUGACAGAACCCUUAAUUCUGCAAAUGUUGAUCGGGCCUAUGAUGGUUUGUUAUGGACUCUGCGGAGUUUGCAGGAACUUUCCUCUGCUUUAUUGCUUCCAAAUUCAAUGAUGAAGAUAUCGUCGAUGCCACCUUCCUCCUUGAAUGAGUUCAUCAAUGGUUGGAAAGUACUAUGGAGUACUAUUGUUCACGGGCUGCCGAUUUUCAGCAAUAUAGGCACUGUUGUGGAUGCUGCUUUGGCACUUCUGAGUAAUAUAACCUCAAAUGAUUUAGUAGAUACAUGUCUUAUACCACAAGAUGUUUGGGAUCUUCAAUUUUUCAAAAGACCAACCUCAUUACCUAUCUUGCAUUUUUUCUCAUGUUUCUUUUCAAGGAAAAGUUCUCAUACUGAUCUUCGGGAUAUUUUACAUCUUAGAAAGAACCUUUUAAAGGCAGUUUUGAAUCAUCUUGAUUGGAAGGGUUAUUCAACAUUGAGUGAGCGGAUGGGUUUGUACAUGCCCAGUGCUAUAUUUGCACUUUGCGUAGGUUGUGCUGCGUUCAAUGAAUGCUUUAAAGAAACUCCUCUAGUUUACAGCUCUUUCGAUGUCACUGAAUCUCUUGAUAAUAAUAAUCAUAAGUUUGAAGACCCUAAACACCAAUGUUUGCAUGAGUUUUUGGAUUGCUCUGUGGAAGCUCUCACAGAAAUUCACAAAGUUUCCAAUGUUGAGGUUUCUGAGCUACAAAUAUUUCCGGGCAUACGGGUUCCCCAAGAAAUAAGUGAUCAACUUUUGCUCGAAAUGGAGACCUCUAUUCUUGAAGUGUUGGCAGAAGAGGAAAACAGCAGGACACAUUUACCUGAUAUUUUCUUAAAAUGUUCUCUCUUGUCUAACCUACUUUAUGGUUAUUUCUUCACAAGGAAAAUAAAUGUUCCAUUCUGUUCGAAGUUAAGCCAAUACUUGCAAGUGAUGCUUAAUAAUGCUGUCAGAAUCAUUCAAGAAGACAGUGGUCACCUGGCCAGUGGCUUAAGUUAUGUUCCUACAUGUGAGGAUACGGGUUCUCUCGCCGCUAUGGUUCAUUGUUUUCUUUCAUCACCUAUAUUUUGUGAAUGGAGGGAUCAAAAUCUGGACUUUGUUCCAUUUAACGAGGUCAUCCAAUCUGUGGAGAGACUUUUGAAAGCAUUUGUUAAUCUAUAUGAUGGUUAUUCUCAGCACUUGACAAGUCUUCGAUCUGAUAUGAUCAUGCAAGAUACAGCUUCUACUGACAGCAUGCAAAGUUCUUGCUCACAUGACAUAAGUAAAAGCAGGAUUGUAGAUAUGGAGUUGGAUGUUAAUGACGAUUCAAGAGACGCGGAUAGUUUACUUGUCAAACAAAUUGGCAGUGGUGUGUCAUCUUCUGCAGAGAAGUGGAAAGUUGGCAUGAUAUCACUUAUUUCCUGUUUUUUCUCUGCUUCACCUGUUCUGACGUGGGAUGCACUCUUUAAACUAAUGGAAAAAGAGUAUGACCCCAAGGUGCGUGGAAAAAUAUUGCAUCAUCUUUGUGAACAUCCUCAUUGGUCCUCUUCCUCAAGAUUAACAGAUUUGGUUAAUGUAAUGAGCAAUAUCAUUACUGAGCAAAUUGGACUUAAGCUUGCUUGCGGAAAUGUUUUAACUUCUACCCAUGCUUUACUAUCUAACUUAUCUUCCCUCGAUGCUGUUGGUAAGGAGAACUGUGGCUUGUAUUCCAGUGAAGUGGAAACUGAACAGUGCUUUCAGUCACUGCGAAACAUGGUGCAUAGCCUUUCAAAAGUUGAUCUUGAUUGGUUUGGGCGGGUUAAGCUUAUUGAUUGCAUCUGUCAUCUUAUUUCACUCCAUCCUCAAUUUGGUCAGACAAUGAUAGAAAGAUUACUUAUGAUGCUCAAUGAUAUGGAUUAUCGAGUUCGUUUAUCAUUUGCAAGAAAGGCUGGUGUUCUUUUCCAAACAUGGGAUGGUCAUGAAGAGCUUUUUCAGGACUUAUGUUCCAAUUUUGGUGUUCCUUUGGUGGUCUUUUCCAAAGGAAAAACUAUCAGUGCGAAGGAAGUGCUAGCUGCUGGUCCUCAGCCUCAACCUAUAAUAGAAACAGUUUUGAUUACUCUGAUGCAUGUUGCACUGCAUAGUGAGAAGGUGGAGUUAGAGGCUGUUUUUAUGAUAUGUGUGGUUUCUGCUGUUGAUCCUUGUCAAAGGGAAUUGGUCAGCGCUGUACUUGACAAUCUUUCUAACGAGCUUCAAUAUUUGAGUAGAAUGAAGUAUUUAGAGGAACUUUUGGGAUCACUUCUCUUUUGUUGGGUAGCUUGUGGUGUAAGCUUGGCUGCACUUGUUGAGACUAGGCAUCUUUUUGUACCAGAUGCAGAACCGGGUCAUUUCCUUCAGUAUUGUUGUCCAUGGCUUCUUCCUGCUUUGCUUCUUCAUCAAAAUAGUUCUGAUCUUGAUUGGGUUACCAAGGUCACUUGUCAACCUAUGACAGUUCUUAUAAAACACCACUUUGCUUCAAUAUUUUCAAUUUCUAUGGCUUUGCAUUGCAGUAAGAAACCAGGAGCAGAGAGGGGAACUCUUGUGCUUCAGAGUUCUAUUCUUCAGUUUGGUCAGAUAUCUGAGAAUGAACGGGACAAACUCAUAAAGAGACAUAUGGAUCAGAACUACCUCAGGGAGAGAGCACAGCCCCCCACUUAUAAGUUAUAAUUGCUAUUUUGGCUAUAUCACUAGUCAAGGU